AUGCUGGGUAGAUGUCGCGAAAACUUCUCAUUUCUUUUGCCCGCUACAGUUCGGUUAGCCGGAAAGCUUCCAGUCGCUGCUGAAGCAGGGACUGACGGGCAGCAGAAGACAUCUGACCUGGGGUUGUUCGGCCGCACCGCACCGCAAGGCUGCCCAGAGCGGCGCGUGAUCUCCAUCAAGGUUUUAUCGAGCCGCGCCGUCAGCUCCACUCCAUCUCGCCCAGCGCGUCCCACUUCCGCGAUCCCCUCCCCUUCAUCGAUCGCAAACCCUUCUGCGCGUAAAAGGGCGUUCGUCCCCGAGCCCGCUCCCCAUCUCCGCGUGAAGCUCGCGGAUUUCGGCCUCGCGCUGAGCAUCGGUCGCGACGGUCGCACGCGAGGCGCGGCGGGGUCGCCGUACUACAUGGCGCCGGAGGUGUUCACCGGCGAGUACGGCUGCUCGGCGGACGUGUGGUCGCUGGGUGUCGUGCUUCACGUGCUGCUGUGCGGCGGCGUGCCGUUCUGGGGCGACGACGAGGCGGCCACGAUCCACAGCGUGCUGCACGGGCGGUUGGAUCUGGGGGAGCAGUCGGCGGCGUGGGCGGGAGUGUCGGCGGAGGCGCGCGGGCUGAUUCGGUGCAUGCUGGAGAGGGACCCGCGGCGACGCCCGUCCGCCAGCAAGGUGCUCUCGCACCCCUGGCUGCUGCUGCACGCGUUUGGCGGACGCAUCGUGCGGAAGGCUGUGCGCGGAGAGGCAGCACAAGCUGCCGCCGCGCAGAGCUCCGCCCGUUCCGCGCUGAAUGAGCAUGCGCGCGUCCAAGCCGCACAAGCAGCCGCGGCGGUUCCUGUCGGGGCUAGGCGGGUUGAGAGCGCGAUAGAAGCGGAGCAAGGUGCAGCAUGCGCCACAGCCAGGGGAUCCGCUUCGCCUACCUGCGCUGUGCGCGCGGAGCGACGUGGGCAAGUCAGCCAUGGUGCAGCGCGCGUGCAGGCGUCAGCGUGA